UGUCCUGUUUUUCCCGGCAGUGACGGACGAUGAGAGUGGAAGGCACCGAGUAGAGGCUCAGCAGGGACGCUCUCAAUCUGCGUUAAAACUAGUUCAGUGUUCUCCAGGACUUACUGCGAUGAUGGAGAAAGCUGCUGUGCUGCUGCUGCUCUUCUGCUGCCUGGUCAUGUCUUUGUCAGGCUCCCCGCUCUACCCGUCCAUCAGGUUUGGCCAAAGGGACACGUCCAUCCUCAUGACAUCUUCCCUGAAGAAUCCGACAGAGCAGCAGGACGAAGACAAGAUCUCUCUGAGGGACGGAGAGGAACUGCGCUCUGAACGUCACGCUGAUGCCAUCUUUACCAACAGUUACAGGAAGGUCUUGGGCCAGAUCUCUGCCAGGAAGUUCCUUCAGACUAUCAUGGGCAAACGGCUCGGAGAUGAAAGUGAGAGCUACAUGAAACGUCAGUCAGACAUCUAUGAGGGGACGUUUAAAGAAGAUCUCACAUCCAUCCAACGCGAUCAGAGGUACAGAAGAAGGCGGGGGAAUGUCAUGAGGCCCAGGUGAAGAAAUACCUCAGGCUUUAAAAUCGAAAUCCUCCCUCAGCGAUAUUUUGUUGUUGAAACUAAGUUAAACACUGAUUCUCUACAGAAGUUGAGGAUUAACUGAAGAGUGGGAGCCAUCACU